UUGUAAAUUUGACUUCAUUUACAUUUCUCAAAAUGUACUGAAUCAUCGAAUCCUUCAGUAAGAUACUAAAAGUGUUUGAAAUAUUGAAUAAAUCACUAAGAUUUCUCGAAUCUCGAAGGCAAGACGUGGUUGCGUUCGACCAGCUGCAACGUUAUCUCGGUCAACACAAGUCUUUAAAACGUGGAUUGCAUAAAACAAGUUUGUCACUAUAAGUCUGUGCUGUAUAUUCUGUUAGUUGUGCUGCUCGCUGUAUGAUAUUUUGAAUACAUGGCGACGAAACAAACUGAACAACCUUCGGUCUGUGCUACAUGUCGUGAUGAAGGAAAAAUAUUCGCGGAAAGUUAUCGAGUGUGCCUAUUGCCACAAGUGUGAGUAUUUUAAGUGCAAAAACUUCAUCGGAAGCGUAGUUCGUAAAUUGCAAAACCAACUUUACUUCUGCUCUCCAGAAUGCAGCAGCAUUUAUUUACAACUUACUCGGAAUGCAGAGUCAGAGUCCCAGGUGCUAAAGAAGCUGCGAAACGUCUCAGUUGAAGUGCGAGGAACACGAGAAGAACUGCAAGCUGUGAAGAAUACUGUACGUGAAAUAGAAAAGUUCCAAAAUUUCCUGUCGGGAAAACUGGAUUCCCUGCUGAGUGAAGUAAAAAAUUUAAAGAAAGAUAAGUCUGAAUUAAAGAACAAUUUCGAAGGGCUGCGCGAAAAGCAAGUGGAAACAUCUGAUACAGUUCAUCUGUUGGAACUAGAAGUGGACCGUCUAAACAGAGCUACAACAUCAAAAAAAGCUAUCGUUCUAGGAAUUCCCAUGAAAAGUAACAAAUCAGUACGUCAAUUAAAUUACAAUAUUGCUGCUGUUAUCGGAUGCCAAUUGCCUGAUGGUACUAUUGUAGAAGCGAACCGCCUGAUAAACGAAAAUAAGAACGAUACCAAACAACCGCCUAUUAAAGUGUCGUUCUCCGAAGAGCGGUUCAAAGAAGAAUUGUUCACAGAAAAAAAAAAGAGAUUCGGUCAACUGUUAUCUUCGACAAUCGAUCCGUCGCUCAAACAAACAACAAGUAAAGUAAUAUUGCGUGAUGAGCUUACUGCGUACGGAAUGAAGCUGCUUCAGGAGGUGCUCAGGACCAAUUGGACCUAAAGUUAUAAAGUUAUAAAGGAAAAAGGUGCAAUGCAAACGGAACUGUUUCGCAAAUCUUUUAGCAGGCAGUUGUCAGAAAGAGACUUGGAGAAUUGUGAACAAUGCUUUGGGAAAAGGACAGGAUCGCAGACAAAUCACGACAAUUCAAAAC